AUGGAGCAGACACACUCACUCACACACACCUGCCGGUCGCCACACGUGCCCUGCAAUCCAGAAGCUGCACUCUCCGCUUCACGUCUUCAGGCUGCCAUCCAGAUGUUGCUGUGCAUGACCUCACAAUUCUGCCUGCUGGUCCUACCGGUGAUGUCACUCAUCCUGCUCUUCUCUCCUAUUGGUCGGAGCUACGACAGCCUCACCCCAGGGUGCUACCUUCACCCCUUCAACGUGACCAUCCGCAGUGACCGCCGCGGCACGUGUAAAGGCACCCACCUGGUCUACGCCUGCGUGGGCUACUGCGAGUCCAGCGCCUUCCCGUCCAGGUACUCGGUGCUGGUGGCCUCCAACUUCACCCACAACAUCACCUCGGCUUCCCGCUGCUGCACCAUCAGCAAGGAUGUCAAGGUCAAAGUCCGCCUGGACUGCCCUCGAGGUCGUCACCAUGACGAAAUAGAGAUCCUGUCGGCGAAGGUGUGCCGCUGUGACAUGUGCCGCAAGUCCCGCUACUGACCCAGCAGGAGAGCGUAAUGCAUGCCUAGUGUGUCCCAGGAUAAGAACCCAAUUCAGUUAGACGCUACAAACUCUGGUAAAUAGUUGAAAUACAACCCUUCUGCUGUCUAUUUAGACUUGUUUUGAAUGUUGAAGAAAAUCCAUUUAUUGAACUGAAAAUGUCCAAAAAAGUGUUUCCUCCAUUUAUGUCCAUAAAUGAUGGAAUAAUCUCUGCAGAUUAAGCACGUGACUCUGAAAUGCUCUGCUAACAUCAAGUGAAAUUCAUUCAGGCAGAGUGACGUCUGCUUACGUUCAGUCAGCCAGUGACUCGCAAAUAAGAUCAAAAUGGGAAAUUCACUUCACUUCACUUUGUUUGUUAAGAUUCUGUGGGUGUGUUUUUGUAAAAUGUGAUCUAAGGGAGGUUUAUUAUGGCAAAAUGAAUGGAAGCAUUACUUCGCACUGACCCAAUUCAACAACGAAACAGUAAAUAUACAGCCAACCUCUGAAAUCAACGUCAAUUCAAGCAGGUUCAUUCUUUGCAAUAACCACUACACAUACAAGAGACCAAAGAAUGUACACCUUUUAUUUAUAUUUAUGAAUUUGAACAAAAGGACAUUUUGUAAAUAGUAUCUAUUGAUGAAACCAAAUAAUGUUGGAAAUGGAAAGAGACAGAAUGCACUGUAUAGUUUGUGAUGAAUUUCAAUAAACUUUCUAUUCUGCAA